AUGAAGCACGAAGGACUAUUCACCCCUUUAUCUACGCUGGUCCUGAUAUUCAUGUUUUGUCCUCUGCAGCGAACGAAUGGCGAUGUUACUUAUUCUAUUCCAGAGGAGACGAGGACUGGCUAUAUAAUCGGAAACUUAGCGAAGGAUCUAGGGAUACCUGAAAAAACUCUCUCGACACGAAAAGCGCGACUGGAUAUGGAUGAUGGAGGCAAGCGUUAUUGUGAUAUAAACACCAAUACUGGUGAACUGAUUGUUGCAGAGAGAAUAGACAGAGAAGCUCUAUGUGGACCCAAGACGAUUUGUGUACUUAAAUAUGAAAUAGUUCUCGAAAACCCUCUCGAACUACAUCGUGCUAUCGUAGAGAUCCUUGAUGUUAAUGAUAAUUCACCCGUGUUCGCAAGUAACGUCACUAAAUUAGAGAUUCAUGAAUCAACGGAUAAAGGCACCCGAUUUGCCAUUAAUGAAGCACAUGACGCAGAUGUCGGACGAAAUGGUGUUCAAAGCUAUAAAUUACAGGAAAACGAUCAUUUUUCCUUUGUUUUACACAAGAAAGCAGGAGAAGGAAAAUAUGGAGAGUUGCUGUUAGAAACAGAACUUGAUCGAGAGCAGAAGCAGGAGCUGACAUUGUUACUCACCGCAACUGAUGGUGGGAAUCCACAAAGAUCUGGCACAGCAAUUAUACAUGUGACUGUUCUGGAUGCUAAUGAUAAUGUUCCAGUGUUCAGUAAAAAUGUUUAUAGGGUCAGCCUAUCAGAAAAUUCUCCUGUUGGUACGCUGGUGCUAACGGUGAGCGCUACGGAUGCAGAUGAAGGAGUGAAUGGUGAGGUGACGUACGAAUUUGGCCAUAUCUCUCGCGAUGUGUCAAAAUUAUUCACUUUGGACUCUAAAACGGGAAAUGUUGUUCUAACUGGUACUUUGGAUUUUGAAAGAGAGCCAACAUAUGAAUUGGGGAUUAAAGCGAAAGAUGGUUUAGGGCUUGCCUCUUUUGCGAGCGUAAUUAUUGAAAUUGUUGAUGUGAAUGACAAUGCGCCAGUGAUCCACGUGAAAUCAUUGAACAGCCCCAUUCCUGAAAAUGCAUUACCUGGAACAGAAGUGGCCAUCAUCAAUGUGCAAGACAAAGAUUCUGAGGGAAAUCAGCAGAUUCGCUGCGCUAUUCAUGGAAACGUUCCUUUUAAACUGAAUGCCUCAGUAAAAAAUUAUUACUCUCUUGUCACGACAAGUGAGCUUGACCGUGAACUUGUAUCUGAAUACAACAUAACAAUCACAGCUACAGAUGGGGGCACUCCACCGUUAUCUUCCUUCAAGACUAUUCACAUGUCUGUGUCAGACGUUAAUGAUAACCCACCUGUAUUCAAGGAGCAAUACUACAGCGCCUAUGUACCUGAAAAUAACAAACCAGGCCUCUCUAUUUGUACAGUUAACGCGAUAGAUCCUGACUGGAGACAGAACGGUACAGUGUUCUAUUCUCUGUCGCCUCGUGAGGUCCAUGGUGCACAAGUGUCUUCCUUUUUAUCCAUUAAUGGAGAAACAGGGGUAAUCCAUGCUGUUCGCUCCUUCGAUUAUGAGAGGUUUAGAAGCUUUAAAGUCCAUAUCUUAGCCAGAGACAAUGGUUCUCCUCCACUCAGCAGUAACGUGACUGUCAGCGUAUUCAUAACCGACGAGAAUGAUAACGCUCCUCAGAUAUUAUAUCCUUCUCCGGACGGAAACUCUUUCAUGACUGAGAUGGUCCCCAAGUCCGCACUCUCUGGCUCUCUGGUCUCCAAGGUUAUAGCUGUGGACGCUGACUCUGGACAGAAUGCCUGGUUGUCGUAUCACAUCGUGAAAUUCACUGAUCCUGGUCUUUUCACCAUUGGUCUUCACAGCGGAGAAAUUAGGACACAGCGAGAUAUUGCCGAGUCAGAUAACAUGAAGCAGAAUCUUAUUGUCUCAGUGAAAGAUAAUGGGAAUGCCUCUCUUUCUACAACCUGUGCUAUAUUUUUAGUCAUUUCAGAUAACUUGCUCGAGAUUUCGGAAUUGAGUGGCAUGACACAUGAGGAAAACACCUCGAAACUUACGUUUUAUUUGAUCAUUGCUCUGGUGUCUGUGUCCACAUUUUUCUUGGCUUUCAUCAUACUCAUCUUCGCAGUGAAGCUUUGUCAAAGAAAGAAGCCUAGACUCUUGUUCGAUGGAGCAGUCGCCAUUCCCAGCACCCAUUUCCCGCCAACAUAUGCAGAGGUGGACGGGGCAGGAACUCUGCGUAGUUCUUACAAUUAUGAUACAUACUUAACAACGGGAUCACGCACAAGUGACUUCAAAUUCGUCUCAUCGUACAACGAGAACACGCUGCUGGCUGACAAUACACUGAGGAAGGGCUCAAAUGAUAUGAUUAAUCUCGCUGGCGAGUGUUUUCCUGGUGAAUCAAGCGAGGUGAGAGAGGGCAGUAUUGAGAGCCACAUGGAUGGCGUCCUCAGUCCAUCUGUUUGCCUGGUGGGCAAACUGGUGUUGGUUCUAGAUCUUCUGGGACAGUGUCUUUCAUGCCUGGAGUAUGCACCUUUGUACACCAUCAAGCCUAGCUGUUUCAAUGUGUUGAUGCUGUGGAGGGCCUGCCGCGGCUUGUGA